AUGAAGAUUACAGAAAAUAUUUUCUUGUAUUUAUAUUUGCAUUUAAUUGGCAACACAGUAGUUUCGGAUAUCGGUGGACUCAAAAGUGUCGGUAAUACUACUAGGUUAGAAUUAAAAAGGUCCGUAUCACUUACUUUCGCUAGCCCUCCCCCAGCCCUAGUCCUGCCCUUCCCUGCCCAGCCCUGCCUGUCCCGCGCACCUGCGCACACCCGGAAGCGGCUCCUCACUCCGCGUCUCUUCCCCUGCUCUCUCCUAGGAGGCGAGGACAUGACCACGCUCCCCGGUACCCAACCGCCCGACGCCUUCUUCUCCAAACACGCCCGCUCUACGCUGCGCACCGCCGCACACGCAUCGCACGAGCGCACCUCGUCCUCCGCCUCCAGCUACACGCACCACCAUGCGGCUGGCGCUGCCGAGAGCACCACCUCGCCCGCGAAGUGGCGCUACGUCGCGGACGCGCACGGCCUCUUGAUCGCCAAGAAGAUCCGGCAGGGCGAGGUCGAGCUGCGCGAUCGUACCAUCGUCCUGUGCGGCAUUAAAGCCAACGUCCGUCCAGCUCGCUUUGCGAAGCUGAAGGCCAUCAAAGACGCGAAGAAGCAAGCACGUCCGCCCACUUUCCGGAGCACGGUGCACAUAUCUCCUCUCCCUUCUGUUCUGUUCGUCUCCCCUCUAUCCUCAGGCCCUUUCUCGAGACAGCUCGACCAGCUCGACACUACGCCCUCUCUCACGCUCUCCUGUCAAACUGCGCUCGAACUCGUGCGCGUCUCACCGGUGCCACGCACCCACAUUUGGCAGGAUCUACACGCAUGCACACCCUGGCCUGUAGCCAAUGCUCGCCCGUUAUGUGUCCCACCGGCACCACGCACCUGCCUUUGCGUGGAACUACAUGUGCGCUCGUCUUUGCCUGUAUCUCACGCCUGCCCGUGCGCAUCCCCUCGACAUCACACCCGCCCCCUUGGCCCCUCAAACGCAACCACUCGGCCUCCAUGA